AUCAACUGUCCAAGGAGCUUUUAAAAAAUUACUUAUGACUACAAAGAUCUCUUGAUACUACGCGUUUCCAGCUGCAAGGAUGAAGAUCCAUCACCCAUUCAAGACACUGAGCUGGUUCUCCUUUGUCUCCAUAGCAGCCACAGUUCAAUUAAUUAACCAGGUCCAGGCCCAAGUGGCCCCACCGUCAAGACUAAGAUAUACUGUUGUUAAUCACGACAGUAUUCAGAUUUCAUGGAAAGCUCCUAAAGGGCAGCUUGAUGGAUAUAAACUACUCGUCACUCCAAAUUCAGGUGGAAAAACCGAUGAGCUCAUCCUUCAGAACAAUGCAAACAAAGCCAUCAUUCAAGGUCUUCUCCCUGACCAGAGCUAUACAGUUCAGAUAGUGGCGUUUGCUAAAAACCAAGAGAGCAAGCCAGCCCAAGGCCAGUUCCGAAUUAAAGAUAUUGAGAAAAGGAAGGAGACCACAGGUAAAUCCAAGGUGAAAGACAUAGGUACGUGGAAACCUGCCAGUCCAACAGCGGAUACCAUAAACAUCCUAUCUCCAGAAGCAGAAAACCAAUUUAAAUGUAAAACCCCAGCCAUUGCUGACAUCGUGAUCCUAGUUGAUGGUUCUUGGAGUAUUGGCCGAUUCAACUUCAGGCUUGUGCGUCUUUUCCUAGAGAAUCUGGUUUCUGCCUUCAAUGUGGGUUCUGAAAAAACAAGAAUAGGACUUGCCCAAUACAGUGGUGAUCCUCGAAUAGAAUGGCAUUUGAAUGCCCAUGGUACAAAAGAUGCUGUCUUAGAUGCAGUGCGUAACUUACCCUAUAAGGGUGGGAACACCUUAACAGGCCUUGCUUUAACUUUCAUUUUGGAGAAUAACUUUAAACCUGAGGCUGGUGCAAGACCAGGGGUUCCGAAAAUUGGUAUAUUGAUCACAGAUGGGAAAUCCCAAGAUGAUGUCAUCCCGCCUGCAAAAAACCUACGAGAUGCUGGCAUUGAAUUGUUUGCUAUUGGUGUGAAAAAUGCUGAUGAAAAUGAGCUAAAGGAGAUUGCCUCUGAACCAGACAGCACUCAUGUCUACAAUGUUGCCGACUUCAGUUUCAUGAAUUCCAUCGUGGAAGGCCUUACAAAAACGGUGUGCUCAAGAGUGGAAGAGCAGGAAAAGGAAAUCAAAGGGACUUUGGUAGCCACAGUUGGGGCUCCUGCAGAUUUAGUCACAUCUGAGGUGACAGCCAGAGGAUUCCGUGUGAGUUGGACCCAUGCACCAGGAAAAGUGGAAAAAUACAGAGUUGUCUACUAUCCCACAAGAGGAGGGCAGCCAGAGGAGGUUGUGGUGGAUGGCACUGUUUCGACAGCAGUUCUGAAAAACCUGAUGUCUUUAACUGAAUAUCAGAUAGCUGUAUUUGCCAUAUAUAUUAGCUCUGCCAGUGAAGGCCUCCGGGGCACAGAAACAACAUUGGCUUUGCCAAUGGCAUCAGAUCUGGAGUUGCACGAUGUGUCACACAGCAGCAUGAAAGUGAAGUGGAAUGGCGUAGCAGGUGCAACCGGGUACAUGAUUCUGUAUGCUCCUCUUACUGAUGGGCUGGCUGCAGAUGAAAAGGAGAUGAAACUUGGAGAAAGCUCGAGAGAUAUCGAGCUGGAGGGUCUGCUGCCCAAUACGGAAUAUACAGUCACAGUUUAUGCAAUGUUUGGGGAAGAAGCUAGCGAUCCCCUUACUGGACAAGAAACAACAUUGCCUUUAAGCCCACCACGGAACUUGAGGUUUUCAAAUGUUGAGCACAGUUCAGCUAAGAUCUCUUGGGAGCCUGCUUCUAAAAAAGUGAACGGUUAUCGCAUUAUGUAUGUUAAGACAGAUGGAACAGAAACCAAUGAGGAGGAGGUGGGUCAUGUUUCAACUCACAUGCUGAAGAGUUUGACAUCCCUCACGGAAUAUACUGUUGCAAUUUUCUCCCUCUAUGACGAGGGGCAAUCUGAGCCACUUACGGGCAGCUUCACCACCAAAAAAGUUCCAGCUCCUCAAUAUUUGGAAAUACAUGAAGUCUCUACAGAUAGUUUUAGAGCAAGCUGGAAGCCACCGUCCUCUGACGUAGCUCUUUAUCGACUAGCAUGGAUUCCAUUGGGUGGGGAAGAUGCUGAAGAGAUCGUCUUAAGUGGAGAGAUGGACACGUAUGAGAUUGAAGGGUUGGUACCUAGCACAGAGUAUGAGGUGUCUUUGGUGGCGCUCUUCGAUGAUGAAAGCGAAAGCGAUGUUGUCGCUGUUCUUGGGACCACACUGGACAGACUUACUACUGAAAUGACCACUGUAACCACCACUAGUACUACAACUUCCAGACCUACAACUGCAGUCAUUCGAACAGGAAUAAGAAAUCUUGCCGUAGAUGAUGAAACUACAUCAAGCUUGAGGGUGAAAUGGGAUAUUUUGGAUCACAGUGUUCGUCAAUUCAGGGUGGCAUACCUCACUGCUGUUGGCAAUCGUGCUGAGGAAGCGGUAAUGGUGCCUGGGAGGCAAAACAAUUUGCUUAUCCAGCCUCUGCUCUCAGACACAGAAUAUAAAGUUACAGUCACUCCCAUCUAUUCUGAUGGGGAAGGUGUCAGUUUGUCAGUCCCAGGAAAAACCUUGCCACUGUCUGCUCCAAGAAACCUGAGGGUCUCUGAGGAAUGGUACAACAGGUUGCGUAUUAGCUGGGAUGCCCCUCCAUCACCCACAAUGGGAUACAGGAUUGUAUAUAAACCUGUGAACAUCCCUGGGCCGGCUCUAGAGACCUUUGUGGGUGAUGAUAUCAACACCAUUCUUAUUUUGAAUUUAUUCAGUGGAACCGAAUACAGCAUUAAAGUAUUUGCUUCAUACUCAACGGGAUUCAGCGAUGCCUUGGCAAGUGUAGCCAAAACAUUGUAUUUGGGAGUGACAAAUCUGGCUGCUUAUCAGGUCCGCAUGACAAGUAUAUGUGUCCAGUGGCAGCUUCAGAGGCACGCAACUAUAUACAGGAUAGUGAUAGAAUCUCUUAUCGACGGGAUAAAGAGAGAAGUACUACUGGGCGGCGGGACCCCUCGGCAUUGCUUCUUUGAACUCAUUCCUGGUACUGAGUAUAAAGUCAGUGUUUAUACACAGCUGCAAGAAUUAGAGGGCCCUGCCGUAAGCAUCAUGGAGACAACAUUACCAUUCCCAACUCAACCACCACCAACUCCUCCAACCACUACCCCAGAGCCUACAAUUCCUCCUGCAAAGGAAGUUUGCAAAGCUGCAAAGGCUGACCUUGUGUUUUUGGUGGACGGUUCAUGGAGUAUCGGAGAUGACAAUUUCAACAAAAUAAUUGCCUUUCUGUACAGCACUGUGGGAGCUCUUGACAAAAUUGGCCCUGAUGGAACACAGGUAGCAAUUGCUCAGUUCAGUGAUGAUCCCAGGACAGAAUUUAAACUGAAUGCCUACAGAAGUAAGGAAACACUCCUGGAGGCUAUCCAGCAAAUCUCAUACAAAGGAGGAAACACCAAAACUGGCAAGGCUAUUAAGCAUGCUCAGCAGGCUUUAUUUACCAUGGAAUCGGGGAACAGAAAGGGAACCCCAAAGGUUUUGGUGGUGAUCACAGAUGGGCGAUCACAGGAUGACGUGAACAAAGUCUCCAGAGAGAUGCAACUGGAUGGGUUCAGUAUAUUUGCUAUUGGAGUGGCAGAUGCUGACUAUUCAGAACUAGUCAACAUUGGCAGCAAACCUAGCGACAGGCAUGUCUUCUUUGUGGAUGACUUUGAUGCCUUCAAGAAGAUUGAAGAUGAACUGAUCACUUUCGUCUGUGAAACCGCAUCAGCAACUUGCCCAUUGGUUUAUAAAGAUGGCAACAGUCUUGCAGGAUUUAAAAUGAUGGAGAUGUUUGGUUUGGUUGAAAAGGAGUUUGCAACUGUGGAAGGAGUUUCCAUGGAGCCUGGAACAUUUAAUGCGUACUCCUGUUACAGGCUACAUAAAGACGCCUUGGUCUCCCAGCCAACCAAAUACUUGCACCCCGAGGGGCUUCCUUCAGACUACACCAUUACCUUUCUCUUCCGUCUACUGCCUGAAACACCAGAGGAACCAUUUGCUCUCUGGGAGAUUUUAAAUGAAGAAUACGAGCCAUUGGUUGGAGUGAUUUUAGACAAUGGUGGGAAAACCCUGACUUUCUUCAAUUAUGACUACAAAGGUGAAUUCCAGACUGUUACGUUUGAAGGACCUGACAUAAAGAAAAUAUUUUAUGGAAGUUUCCAUAAGUUACACGUCAUUAUCAGCAAAACAGCAGCUAAAAUAGUGAUUGACUGCAAACAAGUGGGCGAGAAAACGAUCAAUGCAGCUGGCAAUAUUACCUCUGAUGGGAUUGAAGUAUUGGGAAGAAUGGUCCGAUCUAGAGGACCCAGGGACAACUCUGCACCGCUCCAGUUACAAAUGUUUGAUAUAGUUUGUACUACUUCAUGGGCCAACAGAGAUAAAUGCUGUGAACUUCCUGCAUUGAGAGAUGAAGAAAGCUGCCCCUCCCUUCCUCAUGCUUGCUCCUGUUCUGAAGUCAGCAAGGGUCCUCAAGGCCCGCCUGGGCCACCGGGUGGACCAGGCCUCAGAGGUCCAAAGGGAAACCGUGGUGAAUAUGGUCCAAAGGGACCAGAUGGACUGCGUGGUGAAAUCGGAGCUCCUGGCCCUCAAGGCCCUCCUGGGCCACAGGGUCCAAGUGGACUUUCUAUUCAAGGGCUUCCGGGACCAACUGGUGAAAAAGGAGAAAAGGGAGAAGAUGGUCGUGCUGGCAUACAGGGUGUCAUGGGACCAUCGGGACCCCCAGGACGAGAUGGAAGCCAAGGCCAAAGGGGCCCACCUGGGAAAGACGGACCCACUGGACCACAAGGCCCCCCAGGACCUGUGGGGAUACCUGGUGCGCCAGGGGUACCAGGAGUUAUGGGAAAUGCUGGACAACAAGGAGAUGUUGGACCCCCUGGACUUCCGGGACCAAAAGGCGAAAGAGGAGAACGUGGAGACCUUCAGUCCCAUGCAAUGGUACGGGCAGUAGCUCGUCAGGUGUGCGAACAGCUCAUCCAGGGACACCUGGCCAGGUAUAACUCCAUCUUAAAUCAGAUUCCCAGCCAAUCUGUUUCAACACGAACUAUCCCCGGACCCCCUGGUGAACCUGGUAGGCAAGGGCCACCGGGACUUCAGGGAGAACAAGGAUCUCCGGGAAGGCCAGGAUUUCCCGGCAGUUCUGGCCAGCCUGGCAGACCUGGUGAAAGAGGUUUAUCAGGAGAAAAAGGAGAGAGAGGUAACCCUGGUGUUGGAACACAAGGACCUAGAGGUCCCCCGGGCCCUGCAGGAUCUCCGGGUGAAAGUCGAACGGGGAGCCCAGGUCCUCCUGGCCCCCCAGGUCCAAGAGGGCCAGCUGGCCACACAGGUGUUCCCGGGCCACAGGGUGCAUCAGGGCAGCCGGGAUACUGUGACCCUUCUUCCUGUGCUGGCUAUGGAACAGGAGGUGGAUAUGGAGACCCAACUGAUGAAGAUAUUCCAGUCGUGCCACUGCCGCAUAACUCCUACCAGCAUUAUGACCCUGAAGACCUUUAUGAUGGGGAACAGCCACCCUAUCUGGUUCACGGGUCCUACCCGCAUCCCCAGUCCUCGUACCCCGUGCCUCAUAUUGCUCAACCCGAGUUCACACCUGUUCAUGAUGAAACUGAGGCUGUUGAAUUGAGGUCCCCUGGAAUAAGCCGCUUUGCCAGAAGAAUCUCCAAAAGAAGCGUUGGCUCUCCAACCCGCAAGAGGGUGAUUAAGAAAACCUCUUAACAAACUGUUUCUUUUGUAUGCUUGUGUGCAUUAUAUUAUUAUUUUUAGGCCUUGGUCCAGUUGCCUAAAUGUUGUCACAGAAAUUGUUUACAGGCUCAUCUGUUAAAGGGAAAAAAUAUAUUGUACAUGACCACUGCAGAACAGGGAAAAUGCUAAUUACAUUGCAUGCCAGAAGUUAUUAGCAUUAAUACUAGAUAGAUCCUCCAAGGAACCUUUUUUUCUAGUUAUUUACCGUUGUGAAUUGAACCAUAGUCAUGUGACAUUUCAAAACACUGCAUAACCAGCUGGUUGUAGUUGAGUAAAUCAAGAAGAGUUAAGUAUAGUAAUGUCUUGCUUUUUUAAUGUCUCUGUUCAGAUUUUGAUUGUGUGUAACCCUACUAAAGGCAGUUGUAUUGGUUGAUUUUUUAAAAUUACCCUUUUUGAUAAGAAGAUUUAUAUGGUGGGAUUGUCUUCCCAUAGUAUUCCUAUAAAUACCUAUUAGAAACACACCAAUUAUUUAUUGCGGGUCUAUUACUAUUCUGUUUUAUAUCUGAAUAAACAUGGCAAACUUUUAUAAAUUAAUUCCUUAACUGUAUUUAUUGUUAAACUGGGGACUGGAGAAUCCCAGAAGGCUACAGAAAUUCACCCUGAUCUAAUGAUCUCUACAUAAAUUUUCUUAAGUGCAAGGAUUUCACAAUUUACUUGAAACAAGAGAACCCGUUUA